AUGGGGGUCACAGAGGGGGCAGUGAAGUGCAGGCUCCUGGCUCCUGCUGUGUACGCAGUCAUGUGCAGAAUGUGGGCCAUCUUCAAAGAGCUCAUCCACGGGCACCGGCUCCACUCCAAAGGCCCAGAGCAACAGAUAGAAUCUCCGCAGUCUCCAGACGAGCUGACAGGGAUCCUGACCCGUGACCUGAUCCGGGCCUCAUGUCCAAACAUUCGCCCCAAAAAAACUCAAUAA